AUGGCUUGCCGUCAACGUCUCCAUUCAACGAGCAUUUGCAUGAGUACAAGUGUGUACGAGCAUCGACGACACAUUGGGCAAGGGUGCGGUACAUUGGGUCAAACCACGACACAUUCAUGUGUUCCAUUCCCCCCCUUCAGAGUGUCGACGAAUACAACGAGUGUGUCGCACAGUGCGGCCGCCGCUUUGUUUGCUCAACGUCAAGAGCAGUGGAUACAGGGUUACCGUGACUCAUAUAUCAUAUUCCCUACGUUGAGUCUACUUGCAAUAUGGGUGGGAUGGCUUUUACCACUGAAAUCCAUGCAGACAAAGCCAAUACCACGUCAACGUCAACGGAGAACACCUCACUUAUUAGCCGCCUCUUCGUAA